AUGAUGGCCAAGCUCGUGGCGAUGGUGGGGAGGAGCGUGGCGGUUAAGUAUCAGCUCCCAAACGAGGAUUUGGACGCGCUCAUCUCGGUGGUCUGCGAGAAGGAUUUUGGGAGUAUGAUCGACGAGUAUCUCCGGAUGGAGGGCCGAGAUAGCAGCGCUCGUCCCAGGCUCUUGUUCUUCAUUCCGGCACCGACUCCACCGUCAUCGUCCUCUCCCAGACUGAGCGAAUCGAGAUCUCUGGACCAGCAGUUCAUCAAAGCGCUGAAUGGAAUGCCAGUGGCGAGCGGUGGAAACUCUGGUGCUGCUCCUUGGCCAUCCAGAGCUCUCGACGAGGAUCUCGAGUGUGGUCGUCCUGUGAAGCCGAUCAAGAUGCACAGGCAGCUCUCGGCCACGGACAGGAUCGCGGAGACGGCUUCCGGCUCGCCUAGCAGCAGGAGAGUAUCACCGCGGACGUCUCCGAGAGCUCCCGACAAGUGCCCCUCGGUGAGGAGCGCUAGAUCAUCACUCCUCCAGCAGCAGCUGCAGGACUCUCUCCACGAGCCGUGCAAGCAGCUAACAGUAGCGACGAGAGAGAAUUCGGCUGGAAGGAUCCCGCAGGAGAUGAUCGAGCCGGUGAUGAUACACCACUACUAUCCAGGCACCGAUCCUUGCUCAAGACAAGUCUUCAGCAAUGAGCCACCGACACCUUCGGUGGUAUCAACCAACCACUCUUUGAAAAUCACCACCACCACCAAUUACUCCACACAAUAG